AUGCUUCCACUGCUCCCGCCUCUCCGCCUUGCGCUCCCUGGUAGCCAUCGUCGACUGACCCUCUUUGGCCGCUCACUGCUCCUCUUAUCCGCCGAACUCCUCGCCAAUGCCGCCUGUUGGAUUGUUGCAGGCAUUCUGUUUGGAAAAGAUCCUGGGAGACAACCUAUCUUGAGUUUGUCCCUGCUGGCCUGGACGAUCGGGCUGAGGCAUGCAUUGGAUGCGGACCACAUCAGCGCAAUCGACAAUGCAACCCGGGGUCUCAUCAGCCUAGGACAGCUUCCCGUCACAUGCGGGCUGUUCUUCUCCCUCGGACAUAGCACAAUCGUCAUAGUAGUAAAUAUCGCGAUUGCCAUUAGCACUGACGUUGCCGACAAGAUUGGCGGGGUCGGCGAUGUCGGCGGCAUAGUCGGUGGGCGCAACAGUGUAUCUGCUAUCUGUGCGGCCUUCUUGUUUAUCGUCGGCAUGGCCAAUUCGAUUAUCCUUUACAGGAUAUUGAGGAAACGCCGCCAGAAUAAAGUGCGUCGAGCCGAGCAGCUCGCUCGUGGGGAAACCCCGAAUGAUAUGGAUGACAUCAUAGAAGACGAGGUCAAUUAUAACAAAACAAUCAUGAUGAAGGUCAUAGGUCCCGUCGUGAAGUUUGUGGACCGUCCGUGGAAGAUGUAUCCUGUGGGCGUCCUAUUCGGCUUCGGCUUCGAUACCGCAUCCUCGAUCGCGCUGCUGGCCGUAUCUGCGAUAGCCAAGAAAGGCUCUGAUGGGAAGUCCAUUCCUUCAUCGGAGAUUGUAGUUCUCCCACUUCUGUUUACAGCAGGGAUGACUCUGCUGGACUCCCUUGACUCCAUCUUGAUGCUCUAUUCCUACUCUGGCUUCCCUGAGCGGUCAUUCGCCCUCUUUGAGCCGAUAUCCGAGGUGCCGCAAAACGCGACAAUUAUGGCACAGGCGGCUGCAGCGGACGUCGAUGCUACAGCGGCAGCUACCCGACCAUCCCGCGUUGGAGAUGUCGAGCAGCCGUCUCAUCCUCCCACGAUAAAUGAAGUGGUAGUUGACAGGCCAACGGAAAGCUCGCCGAAAAGUAGUCGCUCGCAGGCAGACCUUCUCAUCCAAGGUGCAGGCAUUGACCACACAGAUGCCGAUUCAAAUAUCGUUGCAGUGGAAGAGACAGCGAGCAGGGAGCAGAAAGUGAAGAGGAAUUUGAUGUCGGGGCUGAGUAUCAUACUCACAUUUAUGAGCAUCAUGGUUGCGUUCAGUAUAUCCCUAAUCACGAUCAUGGGUAUGAUAGGUGACAAUUGUACUCGAUGUCAGGAGGCCAUGAACGCCGAUGACGGGGGAGGGCUUGCGGGACGUUGGUGGAGAUUUUGGGCCGCAGCAAACGGCAACUCGGGGUAUAUCGGGGCUGCUAUUGUCGGGGUAUUCCUGUUCAUCGUCGGCAGCUGGUAUGGGAUUCGUUGGGCAUUCCGCAAAUUGCUAGCGCGUCGACAGCGGCCCAUGUCGCGAUAAAAGUGAUCAACGGAACGAUGAAGAUAUGGGUGGAUAGACGCUGUUGGUUCCUGGAUAUCCCCGAUCAGCAUCCGUUCAUCAUACGUAGCACUGACACUGCAAGAAGGGAACUAGCAGGAUCUUGGCCACAAGAAAGGACCUGAGGCACUUGGAGGGUUUGUUGAUGGCCGUGCUUCAUGGUCCGAUGUGAAGAAUGAAAAAGUUGGUUCAGUUGAGUUAAUCGUACGCCAGUCAUUUCCAUUCAGGAAGUAUACUCGUUGUAGUAAAGGAUCACUUGGCCACGAUCUAACUCACGCGUUCUUCGCCGAGGUUUAGACGGCUGAGUGUUCAAACGCGCAGAGAGGCUUACUUUUGUCGCUUUUGCCAUUCCUGCUCUACGUGCUUUUGGUAGUUGAAAGAUGAUACACAGCUAUUCC